AGAUACUGGUUUCUAUCACAAUUUAGAACAAACCCUAAUUUUGAGUGACUACAACUUUUCCAAAAGCUAGACUUUCUAUAAUUUCUAAUUUUAUACUCAGAUAAUGGAUUUAAAAACUGGCAAUAACAGUGUACCAUUGGUCGAAGAUGAUAGCACAGAAAACAAAGGCCAUGGCGACCAGUUUGAUAUUGUACCGAAGAAAAGCUCUCGUGUAAGUAGAUCGAGAAAAAUCAUACCCAGAUCGCGGGAUGAAUCGGCCACCACAUCGAGAAGGCCCAGAUCACGGAUUCCCCACAAUCAAUUGCAUUCUAUUCCAAGGAAAUACAUAUCCCCAAAAAAGGUGGAUCUUCAGAUCUGUUCCGCAGUCAAAGAUAACAUCAAAGAGAACGUUAUAGUUCCAUCUCCGGAUGAGAAAUCUAUAUCCGAAAGCGGCACUGCUCCUCCUCCAAAUGGGAAAACUAUAUCCGAAGGAGCCACUGCUUCACUUCCUAAUGGGAAAACCAUAUCGGAAGGAGCCACUGCUCCUCUGAAUGAGAAAUCUAUAUCCGAAAGCGGCACUGCUCCUCCUCCAAAUGGGAAAACUAUAUCCGAAGGAGCCACUGCUUCACUUCCUAAUGGGAAAACCAUAUCCGAAGGAGCCACUGCUCCACUUCCUAAUGGGAAAACCAUAUCCGAAGGAGCCACUGCUCCUCUGAAUGAGAAAUCUAUAUCCAAAAGCGGCACUGCUCCUCCUCCUAAUGGGGAAACUAUAUCCGAUAGCAUCUCUGCUCCUCCUCCGAAGAAGGAAACUAUAUUUAAAGGCGUUACAGCUCCACCUCCAAAUGGAAAAACUAUAUCCGAUUGCAUCUCUGCUCCUCCUCCCAAAGAGAAAACCAUAUCCGAAAGCGGUACUGCUCCAUCUUCGAAUAACAAAACUAUAUCUAAAAGCAGUAAUGCUCCACCUCCGAAUGGAAAACCUAUAUCAGAGAGCAAGGAAAAGUUUCAACAGGAAGCGGACGCUGAUACAGUAUAUUUCAAGGGCCUCGCACUGAAGAAGUUAAGGAGGUCCAGAAGACAAAAGCCAAAAAGCCGUUUCUUUUUGAUGCUAGAUGUUGGGGAUCGAUUUGUUACUCGCACGUCCAGUUCCUUUUUGGUGACCAUGAGUAUAUUCCUUAUGUUCCUUGUGAUUUGGGGACUUGACUUUGAAGAACCAAUCCUAAGGAUUAAAGAGGCGGUGGGCGAUCACAUUCAAUGAUCGUUCCCGUUCUCGAUAGUAUUUUAUAUGAGUUCGUUGUGCAUCGAAAUUUCCAAAUUUACAAUUUUUCUUUGUUGCAAAAGGAGUCAAAAUUAUAAUGUUGAAUCACAUCGCAUUUGGCAAGCCGUGUGGCAUUGUUCAAUCCAUUUUCGAAGCCAUAACAAAUGACACUUUUAAUCAUUGCAUAUUAACGGACUAAGCCCUGACCGAUACCCGCACUUUGUGCCACUGAUUUAUGGCCCAGACAGCGACAUCCAACCAAAAAUAACCCAUUAACUAAAUCCGCAUUUAAUAAAUGCCAGCCAGCGGCAGCCAGAAAGGUAACAAAAGGGUUAAGACUGCCGAGGGAUCCGCCAAGUUGGCAGUUACAAGUUCCAAAGUUCCAAGUUACAAGACCGGCAAAUUAAUCACGCUGACGACUGCGACUUGGUUGAUGAUAUUGGUCGACUGAUGCUGACAUUGAGGAGCUGCCAGCCGCACCAGCCAUCAGUUAGCCAAGUAUCCCCAUCCCCAAUCCACAUCUACAUCCCCGUCCCCAUCCCAGUGGAUACUGUGCCCAAGCAUCCAAGUAUCCCACUGUGCCGGGGGCAUCAAUCUGCGGUCGAGUCUCAACUUUCGGGCACCGUGACAUGUGUGGAAUGCAGCCAGAAAUCGGAAUCAGAAGCGUUGACAUGACAACUCGAGAUGAGGGGUUCGCGAUAAGGACAACAACUUUCUAUGGCACGAGCAUGGAAAACCUUUUUGGGCUUAAAGCAUUGCUUAACAAUUUUUCCAGUUUGAACUUUACACUAAAAAAUGCAUUCAUGGCGAAAAAACUGAUAAUAAAUAUAAUUACUGAAUGGUA